CGCGCUGACCCACUUCCGGCGGCGGCGGCGGUGGCGCAGGGAGCCGAAUCCCGGGAGCUGGCGGGUUGUGGGGCACGAUGCCGUAUGCCAACCAGCCCACCGUGCGGAUCACGGAGCUCACCGACGAGAAUGUCAAGUUCAUCAUUGAGAACACGGACCUGGCGGUGGCCAACUCUAUACGGAGGGUCUUCAUCGCCGAGGUGCCCAUAAUAGCCAUUGAUUGGGUUCAAAUUGAUGCCAAUUCCUCAGUCCUUCAUGAUGAGUUCAUUGCUCACAGGCUUGGACUAAUCCCCCUCACUAGUGACGACAUUGUGGACAAGCUGCAGUACUCCCGGGACUGCACGUGUGAGGAGUUCUGCCCCGAGUGCUCGGUGGAGUUCACCCUUGACGUGCGCUGUAAUGAAGACCAAACCCGACACGUCACGUCUCGAGACCUCAUCUCCAACAGCCCCCGGGUCAUUCCAGUGACCUCCCGGAACCGAGAUAAUGACCCCAAUGACUACGUGGAACAGGACGACAUCCUCAUCGUCAAGCUGAGGAAAGGCCAGGAGCUAAGACUUCGAGCCUAUGCCAAAAAGGGCUUUGGCAAGGAGCAUGCCAAGUGGAACCCUACUGCAGGAGUGGCUUUUGAAUAUGAUCCUGACAAUGCCCUGAGACACACAGUGUACCCCAAGCCCGAGGAAUGGCCAAAGAGCGAGUACUCCGAGCUGGAUGAAGAUGAGUCCCAAGCUCCCUACGACCCCAACGGCAAGCCAGAGAGGUUUUACUACAACGUGGAGUCCUGUGGCUCUCUGCGUCCUGAAACAAUUGUCCUCUCAGCCCUCUCUGGAUUGAAGAAGAAGCUGAGUGAUUUACAGACCCAGUUAAGCCACGAGAUCCAGAGUGAUGUCCUAACCAUAAACUAGCAGCAGCUCACCUGUUUUGGCAGAAAAGGGGUGGGGGGAGUCUAGGCCAGCAGCUGGCUCUCUGGUCUCUCCAGAGCCUCUUGUAGCUUUUGGGUCUGGAUAGCUGUUGCUCAGGCUUCUUGGCAAGCCAUCAGUACCCCCUAGGAAGGUAGCCAAGGGGAAGACGAGUCCCCUUCCAGCCUCGCUCUGUUGCAGACAGAUGGCCAGGGGUGCCACUGGUAUUUGAGGGCAGGACAGUUUUUUACUAGACAUCUAGGAUCCCUGGCCCUGCCCCGAUUGCCAGUAGCAGCCCCAGAACCUCCCUUCCAGCCCAUUUCCUGAUGUGCCUGGGCAGGGUGAGAACUGCAGAGCCGAACUCUCCUCUGCUGGUCAUUUCAGGUCUCAGACUUUGUCUAAAAGUUGUUCUCACAGUUGUACCUUGGGCUUCUGGUGAGUACUAGAACCCUCAUUCUGGUUGCCUAUGAACCCUUCCAGCCCCUGCCCAGGGCCAGCCUACUGGCACUUAAAUCCCCGAGUGUCCCUAAGUUGAGAACCCUUAGAGAAUAGUGUUAGAUACGGGCUGCCCCCCACCCCAGAUAAACCCUGUUUUCCUUUUUUUUUUUUUUUUUUUUAAAGAUUUUAUUUGACAGGGACACAGCGAGAGAGGGAACACAAGCAGGGGGAGCAGGAGAGGGAGAUGCAGGCUCUCCACGGAGCAGGGAGCCCGAUGUGGGCUCGAUCCCAGGACCCUGGGACCAUGACCUGAGCCGAAGGCAGAUGCUUAACUGAGCCACCCAGGUGCCCAAACCCCGUUUUUCAAACUUCACUGCCAGUGGCCUGAUUAAGAUGGGGGCUGGGGAGCAAGGGCCUUAAGGUCUGGCCUUGACCCCUUUCCCCUAGAGGUAGAGUAUGCCCAAAGCAGUUGACUAGGCAGUCUGGUAGGAGUAAGCCGUAAGCCAGGAGAAAGCCCGAGAGCUGGUGCAGAAAGGAAGGGAUAUUUACUAACAGGAGUUGUCUUUUUAAAAGUUUUUAUUUUUGGCAAUAAAGAGCACAACAUAAUCUC